GUGAGCAUGUAUUUAUUAGCACUUCCCCAGUGUGCACACUGAGCCGGUCAGUUGCACAUACACACACAGUCAGUGUGUGGUAUCGAUGUCUUGUCGCUGUCUUUUUCUUGCAUGAUCAUAUAAUGUCGCGAACUGAAGAAAGAAGCUCGUGUCGUGUUUGAUGUCUGCGCGACUGCAGCCUUGAAAAGAGGAAAGUGCUGAAGAUGCUCUGUGGGCUUUAAUAGAGAGCAGCAUGGACGAGGCUGCCAGCCAGCUGGAGAGAGAGCAUGUUCACAGCGUGUACGAGAGGAUUGCACCCUACUUCAACGACAGCCGCUACAAAGCUUGGCCCAAGGUCAAACAGUUCCUGCUUGAGCAAGAGCCCGGCAGCAUCGUGGCUGACAUCGGAUGUGGCAAUGGCAAAUAUCUGCACAUUAAUGAGGAGAUCUUCAAGCUGGGCUGUGACGUGUGCCGUCCGCUGGUGGAGUCUGCGUGGAAUAAAGGGCACGAGGUACAGAUUUGUGAUGGCCUGCGUCUGCCCUACAGAGACGCCUGUUUUGAUGCAGUGCUCUCCAUUGCAGUCAUCCACCACAUGUCCACCAAAGAGCGGCGUAUCCGAGCAAUAAAAGAGAUGGCGCGAACCCUGCGUGUUGGAGGACGGAUCAUGAUCUACGUUUGGGCCAUGGAGCAGAAGAGGCGCAAGUUUGAGAAGCAGGACAUCUUUGUUCCCUGGAACCCCAAUCCUCCUUUAUCUCCUGCCCUCAGAGGAACCAGACAACGAGGUGACGGGACCCAAAGCGUGAGCGACGAAACUUCGUCUGGCGACAAGUACAGGAAAGUGAGAAGCACGUCCUCCAUGUUGGAUGAAGGUGACUUGAUCAGUCCCAGUCAACAGAAACAGCAGAGGCUUUGGUUCUUUUCAAGAUCUUUGGAUUCGGUGUUGGAUUUCGGCAGCUUGACUCUCUCUCGUUCCUCCUCCAGCACUUUACAAACUGAAACAGAAAACCGAAACCGACGCGGUAGCGGUCGAGGUCUUAUAAGGCAGAUGUCUAGUCUUUUUUCGUCCUCGUCCAGAACUAGUCUAGAAGAAGAUGUUUUCAUCUCGGAUCCCAAUGAAACGGUGCGCAAAAUGGACAAUAGAAGCGCUGGGAAUGGAAAUGUGGAGCUCGUUCAUGAAUGUUCCUCAGUUCCACUGCCUGAUUUGGUCUCCUACCAAAGGGACCAGUCAAAUCUUGAAGGACACGAGGAGGAAUUAAGGAUGCCAGAGACUUUGCGGAGGAAGGAAAGUUCAUCGUCUCUUCUGGAAGGUGACGGGAUAAAAGGAGAGCAGCCAAAAGACUCUUGUUUGCGGUACUAUCAUGUAUUCAGGGAAGGAGAACUGACGCAGUUGAUCCAAAACCAUGUGGAUGAUCUCCAUGUUCUGCACACUUUCUUGGACCACGCCAACUGGUGCGUAGUGGCUGAGAAGAUCCAGGUUUGGAAGGUUUAAAUUGAAUUUUAAUGGUUUUAGGUUUUGUUUUAGUUUGAGAUUUUUAAGUAUUGUGACCUUGGGAGUGCUAAUAUUAAACUUUAGCAGUAUAAAUGGCAAUAAGCAGUGAGAUAUUGAUGCUCUGAUGACCAACGUUGGUCUAAAAGGUAGUGUUUAAGCUAGUCUUACUAUGAAAACUGAUAAACUAAAUGAAAUAUUCAUCUCGCUGUGGCAUUUUAAAGAGAUAGUUUAUGCCAAAAUGGAAAAAUUUACUGUUACUUUACCUCACCUUCAGGCCAUCCAAGAUUUAUUUUAAGGUGUAUUGUUUGGUAGAGCAUUAGCUGAAACUAAAUUCAAGCUUAAUCCUAUCAGGACUUUUAGAGUCCAAAAAUAUGUAUACAGGUAUCACAAAAUUAUUACCUAUGGCUUCUGACGAUAGGAUCAUUGUGUGAAAGAAGCUAAACAUCAUCAGUCAGAAGCCACAUGCUUUCAUUUUGUUUUGCCAAUAUAAGUUUUUGACUCUUCAAGUGUUGUACUUGAGUAAAAAACAUCUUCGAUAUCCUGGGGGUGAGUAAAGUAACAUAAAAUCUUCAUUUUGGGUGAACUACAACUUUAAUUUUCGUUGUUGUUUGGUUUUAGUUACAAAUAAUCGACUUGCACUGAUUUUAAUGGUAUAUCACUGUUAGCUGUCCUCAGCAACGCCUGCCUGAAACAGAAAGCAUAGCACAUCGUUUUUCUGAAACAAACAAUGUGAGCACAUAACUAGAGUUUUCUUAUUGAAUGCUCUUUGGGUGUUUGUCUGUGUAGGUGUUGUGUUGUGUGGUUAAUAUUUUACCAUAUAGCUGUCGUGUUGUGUUGGUCUGAAGAUUUUAAACAAGAUUUUAAAUAGUCGACUGCUUGUUUAUCAAUUGCACAUAAAUUCUUGAAAACUUGAACAAUGAAACAUGUUUGUGCCGGUGUUGUUGUAAGUUGUGUGUGUGUGUUUGUAUUGGUGUACCUUGACCAUGUCAAUGUCACAACAAAGGUCUUUAAUUUUUCCCUAAACUUGAACCA